AUGUCUACACAAAACACCAUCAUCGAGCAGACCGGAGGCGAGAUCCGAGCAGAAGAGCAGGUAGCCCGCCUCACGAAGCUACCUGCACCACAUCAAACCUAUGAUGCUCUUGACAGCGGCAUCGUCAAGGUCUUCACUAGUGCAAAUUUCGGUGGCUCCAGUUUCACGAUUGAUACUGAAGACUAUGCGAGUGGCCAGCGUCACAGACUCUUGACGGAAAAUUACAACAAGGCCUGUUGGGUUACGUGGAACCUACCGUUGGGUACGGUAAUGACAAUGGUGGAACUCGACAAAACCCCUGAGAAGAACCAGCCCGUCGCCGAUCCUCGUGGUUGUGGUCGUACCGUUGAGUUGGUAGGUACUGGCAAGACGGAAGCAGUUGACCUGAUCCGAAUACUCAUGACUACUUGCGUGAAAGGAUUCUGGUGGCGAGAAGUGGAUCUAUCGAUGGGGGCCGUCGAGCUUUUUGACGCUCAUGCGCGUGAAUUAAUUGGAAGCCAAACAUACAGCCGUCAAACUAUAUUCUUGAGCGAGUGGGCGCCAGGGGUUCUCCAUUCAUUCAAUUUCUGGUGGAUGAACGACCGAGUCACUUGUGCGCGUUGGCACACACUUCUUAACCGACAAACGGUUACCCUUUUCGAGCAUGCCAAUGGCACUGGGUACGAGUUUAACAACAUCCGGGCAUGGGGAAAAACCAAGGAGGUCUAUGACCUCCAUGUUGUCAACCACGGCGACAAACUCAGUGCAUUUUCGUGGACCUCAGUCAGCCCUGUCAAGGAAAAGAUCGAACCUAUCACCAUCAGCCACGAUCGUUCAAGCUGCUCAAUGCUCUACAACGAAAAGAAAGGCGUGAACUACAGCACUCAGGCGCAGCCAAGCAAGAUCGCGCUCAUGGAACCUGCAACUCAAGAACUCACGAUCGAAAGCACCGAUGCAACAGCUACCUCAGUCAAAGCCUGUCUGCAAAGCACUGUUGGAUCCGGCUGCGAGGAGAAGGAAUCCUACGACGUCCAAUGGACACUUUCCGUCUCACACUCCUGGGACGACGCCUCCGCCAAAAGCAAAUUAUACACGCACGCCGAAGCCCUGACCUUCGAAGAGCCACUCCACAUCUCUCCACGUUCCAGGUACACCGCCAAGCUCUACGUACCGGUCCGAAAGCUGGUCCACGAGGAGUACAAGACCAAGGCCACGCGCUGGUACAAACAGCGUAUAAUGGGUUGUGUGCAAGAUGGCAACCUGUACAAACGAGAUGAGACGGUGACGGUGCAUGUGAAUGGGACGCUGCACCAUUCGCCUGAGAUGAUCUGGCAUGAGACUAGGCUUGAUAGGUAG